UCCCGGAAGCGCGAGCAAGGCCGCCAGAUGUGCAGUGCCUGAUGAAGACCAAAGACUUUCUUCCUGCCUGUUUCAGGCAGUGGAGGAGGAGGAAGAGAUGGAUCCCCCGGCCUCGGCCUCGAGGGUCUUCUGCAGCCGCAUCCUGAGCAUGGUGAAUGUGGAUGAUGUCAACGCCAUCAUCCUGGCCCAGAAGAACAUGCUGGACCGCUUUGAGAAAACCAACGAGAUGCUGGUGAACUUCAACAACCUGUCAAACGCCCGCCUGCAGCAGAUGAGCGAGCGCUUCCUGCACCACACGAGGACCCUGACGGAGAUGAAGCGGGACCUGGACAGCAUCUUCCGCAGGAUCAGGACGCUGAAAGGGAAGCUGGCCAGGCAGUACCCAGAGGCCUUCAGCCACGUCCCAGAGGCAUCCCUCCUGGAGGACGACGACGAAGACCCCAUCCCGCCCAGCACCACGACCACCAUUGCCACCUCGGAACAGAGCACAGGUUCCUGUGACACAAGCCCAGAUACCAUCUCACCCUCCCUCAGCCCUGGAUUCGAGGACCUGUCCCAAAUCCAGCCCAACUCCCCUGCCAUCAGUGACCACAGCCAGAUGGAUGACAAGCAGAUGCCGGGCCAGUAGCUCUGUUCCCAGGCACUCCAAGGGGUCUCUCCAGGUAUCUGAGGUGGCAGCAGAUAACCCUGCCUGGAAAUGGUCAGCUUUG